UGAAACUUUGAGGCCCCAGUCGGCGGGGCGGGAGGCGCCUUUGCCCCGUCCGGCACAGAAGCGUCCCGGAGCCCCACUCGAGCCGCACGCCGAGCGCCAUGGCCUCCAGCCCCUGCCCGCCGUCGCCGCUGCUCGUGCGGGUGUCCCAGUCCAUGCCCCGGCUGCACAGGAAACUGGAAAGCUACUUCCAGAGCCGGCUCUCGGGCGGCGGGGAGUGCACGGUCCGGCCGGUCGGCCCGAGCGCUCCGGACACUUUCCGGGUGGAGUUCAGAGAAAGGGCAGCUAAGGAGGGAGUGUUGAAAAAAGGAGAUCACCACAUCUCGAUUGAUGAGAAACCUGUGCCCAUUUUUCUGGAUACCACUAAGAAGCCAGAAGAGAAAACAAAACCUGGAAGUUCUUCACUGACACAGUCACAAGCUGAAGCACAGUCUGGGGAGAAACAUCCAAAUAAAGGUCCUGUUCCUAAUAAUGUCGACUCCUAUGUCCAAAAGAUCUUUCUUACUGUGACAGCCGAUCUGAACUGUGACCUGUUCUCCAAAGAGCAGAGGGCACAUGUAACCACUCUCUGCCCCAGAGUCAAAAAGUUGGAGGGUGACAAUGGAAUUGAGAAGGUGUGUGGUGAUUUCAGAGAUAUUGAGAAAAUAUAUCACUUCUUAAGUGAGCAGCUCCUGGAGAAUGAGAGGAAUCAGGAAUCUUCCCCUUCUACCACGGAGAGGAAACCACUUGACCAGCAGGACUGUGACAGCUGCUUUUUUCCUUCUGAACCAAAACCCAGGUCAGAAGAAAAAGGCAGCCAUUUUGAAAUUCCCUUGCAUUUCUUUGAAUACUUCAGAUAUACCUGUCCUGGUAAAAUAGACUCAAUAGAGAAAAGAUUUGGUGUAAACACUAAAAUUCAAGAUAUCCCUCCCAAUACAGUCUAUUUAGACUUUACCUCCAGCCAUUCAGAGGACAUAGAAGCAGCUCGUGAGUCUUUUGUCAGCGACUUUCAGAAGACCAUUGAAUCUCUGAAGCAAGAACGUGUCUUUUUAGAAGAUAGGAAUUGGGCAAAUAACAUCAAACAGGAGUUGAGUCACAGAUUUCCAAAGCUCCUGAUAAAGGAGCAAGGAGGAGUGCUCACUCUCCUUGGGACCCAAGAUGACAUUUCAGCUGCCAAUCAAAAAAUAUCCGAAUUUCUUGUCUUGAAACCUGUGAAAAUAUUUGCUCCCAGUUGCAUGAAGAACACAAUUGAGAUUGACACUGCUCACUAUAAGCUUCUAGAAGCUCAGUUACUCAAAAAGAUAGUAGAGAUAGAGCAAAAGUACAAUAGUCAUAGUAAAGUUAGGGAGAAAGGUCAGAAAACCUGCAUUCUGUUUGAUCCAAAGGAUAAGGAGAUAGAUCUGUCUGUGCAUGCUUAUGCAAGUUUCAUCGAUGCCUUUCAACAUGCCACCUGUCAGUUGACGAAAGAAGUCCUUUUACUGAAAACUUUGGGCAAGGAGAAACAGCACUUACGUGGGACUAAGUUUGCUGAUGACUUUAGAAAGAGGCAUCCAGAUAUACACUUUGUGCUGAGUCGAGAGACAAUGACUUUGACUGGUUUGCCAAAUCACGUUGCAGAGGCAAAACAAUAUGUCUUAAAGAGUGGGGACCUGUCUCUGUCAGCUGGAGAGAAAUUGAACAAAGAUCAUGAAACACCCAUGGACACUGAUAGUAAUAAUUCAAAAGCAGCUUCGCCUUCAUUCAAGGACUCUGCAAGUUCUGUGGCCUCCGAAGCAGAUAAGAAGGAAGAGGACACCUGUGUCAUCUGCAUGGACACCAUUAGUGACAAACACGUACUACCAAAGUGCAAGCACGAAUUCUGUAGGUGUUGUAUCAUUGAAGCCAUGUCUUAUAAGCCUGUCUGCCCCGUGUGUCAGACUUCUUAUGGUGUCCAGAAAGGGAAUCAACCAGAAGGAACCAUGAUUCAUAAAACUGUAAAAGAGUCACUUCCGGGUUAUCCAUCCUGUGGCACCAUUGUCAUUACAUAUGAUAUGUCAGGAGGCAUACAAACGAACAAGCAUCCAAACCCAGGAAAGCCUUAUUAUGGAAUACAGCGAAUUGCAUACUUGCCUGAUAAUAAGGAAGGAAAGAAGGUUUUGGAACUACUUUCAAAAGCCUUUGAACAAAAGCUGAUUUUCACAGUGGGGCAAUCUCGAACAUCAGGAAUCUCAAAUGUCAUUACAUGGAAUGAUAUACAUCACAAAACAUCCCGGUACGGAGGACCAGAAAAUUAUGGCUACCCUGAUCCUCACUACCUGGAACGUGUCAAGGAGGAACUGAAAGCUAAAGGAAUUGAGUAAGAAAACUGCUGGAAGAAUGUCUUAACCCAGGCUUUCAAAGGAUAUAUUUUAGAAGGCUACAUUAAUGCAAUCCUUCUGUAGAAACACCUUUUAAAAAUUUGCAUCUCAAGAAGUGGUUUGUAUAAGAGUAGAAACCUAGUCUAUCACUUUGGAGUGUAGCCUUUUUAUGGAAGGAAGAAGCCCCCAAGAGCUGCAUAAUUUUGCUGCAAAAGUAUGUCUCAUUCUUGUAUUAUGGUUGAGGGUGAAGGGUGGGUCUGAAAAUAACCUUCUCAUCCUUCCGUUGUACUAUAGCAACCGAUUGACCCUUUUCUUUCCUUUUUUAUGGAGUUGGGGGUAGAACCCAGGGCCACUGAGAUUCGCCCCCACUCCUUGGAUCCUCUUUCAUUCCCAUCUCUAAGGUAGUACUUUAAUUAUUUCUUUUCUUUCUCUUUAACCUCCACUGGUAAAGGUGAGAGCCUUCUGUAAAAAGAAGAGGAAAAACAAGGCUUUACUUAUGGAAAAUUAGAGAGCCACAUGCCCCCCUCUUCUUCCCCAUGGCAAGAAAAGUGACCAGGAGCAGAGAUUGGGCAACCUUUGGUAAUAAGUGAAAUAAGACUCGUAUUUCUUAAUGACAUAGAACAUAGAAUACAGUUGGUGCUUAAUACAUUUUUAUUUUCUGACUCAAGUUAGAGGAGGUCCACAAAGAGAUAUAUACUUUUAAAAUCUUUGACGGAAGCAGGAAGCCAUUUCUGGAGUCCUCACCACUCAUUUGGAAAACUGAGUUUCUUAACUCCACUAUUCUUGGUGGCUGAACUCCUAACCAAGCUCCUAACUUGACUCUUGCUCCUCUCUGAUCCUGAGAACCUGCCCCGUGGGUCGCAUUUGCCUUGCCGUAGAAUUACUACAUGUUUUUGAACAGAUCCCCCCCGCAACUGAAUAUGUUGUACUUUUGAAUUAUCCUGCUUCCAUUUUUAACAAUAAGUAAACUUACUUUAGUUUCCAUUGUCUACCACUUAACAGUAACUAUAGCUCCAAUGAAGUCAUUUGUUGUCUGUUCACUAAAUCUCACCAAUUCUUGUUUUCACUCUUAAAAUCUUUCUAAUCCUCUCUCUGGAGAAAAAAAAAAGCCUACAACAAGAAAUAUGUCUCAUUUAAGAUUUUACUUUUAAAUAUUUCUCCAAGUCAGAAAAAAAGCUACUAUAGCAAAUCAUCCAGUUAUUUAUUGUACACUCUCCCAAACUGGUGAGCAAGAUACCUUGUUCUUUUCCUAAAGAAACACAUGAACACACAUUGUUUUUUUUUCAAUCAGGUAAUAAUAUUUAUUGAGUACUUCCCUUGUCACAACCCUUAUAAGAGCUUUACAUCUGUGUGAUUAGUACAAUUAGUAUUUUUUUUUUGUACUGGGGAUUGAACCCAAGGGGGCUUAGCCACUGAGCCAUGUCCCAGACCUUUUUUUUUUGUAUUUUAUUUAGAGAUUGGGUCUCGAUGAGUUGCUUAGGGUCUCACUAAGUUGCUGAGACUGGCUUUGAACUCGCAAUCCUUCUGCCUCAGCCUCCCAAGCCACUGGGAUUACAGGUGUCCACUUCCGUGCACGGCUAGUGUUCCCCUUUUUUAACCAAGAAAACUAGACUGGGGAUAUAGCUCAGGAGGUAGAGUGCUUACCUAGCAUGUGCAAGGCUCUGGGUUCAAUCCCCAGGACCAAAAAGAAAAAAAAAAAAAAAAGAAGAAGAAGAAGAAAGAAAGAAAGAGAAAAUAGCCAAGAAAACUGAUAGAAAGCAUAAGUAAAUUACCAAAGAUCACAGUUAACAAAUGAAAGUGCUAGCAUUUGAACCAGGUAAACUUGCUCCAGGAUUUCUAUAUCCCACCACCGUACUGCCUUCCCACUGAGGUACUUCUCCAUGGAGCUGGCCAAGGAGUUCCAAUUAUUUUAGGCUUCUUUCAGAAAUGGACCCCUAUACAGUGCUCAAAAGCAAAUUUCCUCCAGGAAAGUCCUAUUCAAAGGUCUUAAAAACCGGGGCUGGGGUUGUGACUCAGCGGUAGAGCACUCGCCUAGCAAGUGUGGGGCCCUGGGUUCAAUUCUCAGUACCACAUGAAAAAUAAAUAAAUAAAGGUAUUGUGUCCGAUUAAAAAAAAAAAAAUCUUAAAAACCCAGAAUCCUCUCCUUGUGCAGAGAGUUAAGGAAAAUUACACUAAAGGAUUCUCUCUCUCUCUCUCUCUCUCUCUCUCUCUCUCUCUCUCUCUCUUUAAUCAGAUUAUACAUUUAGUUUUUCAUGAUUCAUUAAAUUCUUUAUUGUUAUCAUUUAUUGUUUUCUAUCUUCUGAUCUUUUGGUUAAAUUUACUCCAAAGAAGUAGAAGUUUAGUUUCUAUUAACUUCUGGAUUGCAUUCUGUGUGCAAAUUCAAUUUCCAUGGUGUGAGUGGUUUUUGAGCAUUUGGAUUACUGCUUCUGUUCUUUGGAAGGUCUUUUCAUCCACUUUAAAUAAAAUCAAAUCCAUGUUUGGAA